GACAGUUCCACAGCAGCAACCGAGAGUGGAGAGAGGCAAGAUCUGAAUGAACGGAGCAAAACUUUGGAAUUUAGGCUGAAAAAAAUCAACUAAGCUAACCAGAGCAACGAGGAACUUUAAGGAUCAUACUUUUGUAGAAGGAGGGAAAAGAGAAGAGACAAAAUGAUGACCCAGGAACAGUGCUCUCAUAGGAACAAUGUGCAGAGCUCCGACAAACCUCAGAUCUACAAAGUGGGGAUCUACGGCUGGAGGAAACGCUGCCUCUACUUCUUCGUUCUUCUCCUCAUGAUCCUCAUCCUCAUCAACCUGGCCCUCACCAUCUGGAUCCUCAAGGUCAUGAACUUCACCAUAGACGGCAUGGGGAACCUGAGAAUAACAGAGAAAGGCCUAAAGCUUGAGGGAGACUCAGAGUUUCUGGAGCCACUUUACGCCAAAGAAAUCCAGUCCAAACCAGGUCGCCCGCUCUACCUGCAGUCAUCCAGAAACGUCUCAGUCAACAUCUACAGCACCAACAACCAGCUGCUCACUCAGCUCGUCACAGGAUCGAGUGGGUUGAAAGCACGAGGAAAGGCGUUUGAGGUGAAGUCGACAUCGGGGAAGCUGCUGUUCUCUGCGGAUGAAGACGAGGUGGUGGUGGGAGCAGACAGGCUCAGAGUCAUGGGUGAGUCUAAAGAGAGGAGACACAAGAGGGACACCUGCAUUUUGGGAGUGGAAAUAUCUCUGGACGCUCACAGGAUCCGUCUGAUGCGUCUGCCGGAGGGAAAGGCCUCGAGCUCGUCUUCAGGGACCAGACAAACGGUGUACGAGGUGUGUGUGUGUCCCAACGGGCGGCUGUUCCUCUCCCAGGCAGGAGUGGGCUCCACCUGCCAGAUCAGCUACAACGUGUGCCUCUAG